AUGGGUUUGAGAAUCAGGGAAGAGAAUUAACAUAAACAAAUUUUGGUAUAAAGGACACAGAGUAUGACACACUAUCGCUAACUAUAGAGUUACAAAGGCGGAAACUGAACAUAACACUAUUUUAUCCACUGAAGCCUGAAGUGAUUAUUCAGUACAGAUCUCUCUUUAGAGACGAUUAUUGAGUAGCAGUGGUGGAGCUCCGGAUCUCUCCUGAUGGAUUUACACACUGUGUGCUGCAGUCUGCUUCUGCUACUGACAUGUUCAGGUCGAGGCUUUGGCCAAGUGUUGGAAUUGCCUGAGAGUAUAAAUAAAACAGUUGGGGAGAAUGUAGUGAUUACCUCAAAACGUCUUCCUGAACCUCCUCACCAAUUAGUCAGAUGGAAGGUUAAUGCAUCAAUCAUUCUUUCUGGACCACCGAAUGGAAUUACUAUACUGCCACCGUACAAAGACAGAGUCAGUCUGAACACCACAUCUUUAGCUCUGGAGCUCAGGAGCCUGACUGAGAGUGAUACUGGACAAUAUGAACUGACUGUAGACACUCCUACAUAUUGUAGACUUGUAAACACUUCUAUAUAUCCUAUAUAUACUUCCAUUGGUCGGACCUCACUGCUGGUGCUUGAUAGUGGGAGUGAAGGAGGACAUGGAGAUUCACUGUCUGCCGGAGCUAUAGCUGGGAUUGUUAUUGGAGUUUUAUUAGGUGUUGCUGCAAUUGCUGGUUUGAUUUUCUAUUUUGUAAAAGUAAAAGAAAUGCCAAGAACAAACUCCAGAGGAAAUAACCAGAGUGAAGCAACACAUAAUGCAGGUGGACAUGAUUCAAACUAUGAAAAUAUCCUCAGAUUCCAUAAUCCGAACACCGGGGUGACUGUGGGUGGAUCUGACACUCAGACGCCUCACACACCUCACCCUGUUACGGAUACAUUCUAUGAAAAUAUGUUCAGUUCCCAAAAUAAGGACCCUGUGAUGCGUCACACACCUCACCCUGAUGAGGUAAUAUAUGAAAACCCCUGACAUGCAGAAAUCAUGCACUCCUCGUAGAUUAUGAGAGAUUAAAGAGCACAAAUGUCACCAGCUCUGGGAAGAGGAAGUGACAGUGAAUAUUUGUUUUGAUUUGUGUAAAGGAGAGAAAAAACAUAAUGAUUUGUUAAAUAUCUUUAUGAAUGAUUAUAGCAUGAAUAGAAGCUGUCAAAGUCUGUACAUAUGACAGAUCUGAGAGAUGUGUAGUAAUUUUAUAAGGAAAUAAAUUGCAUUACUUCUUUAUUCAUUCUAAUUAAUUGUACUUAGGAUUAGUACAUUUAACUUUUCACCUUAAGUUAUUAUUAAUAACUUAAGGUUAUUUAUAUUGUUGUUUAUCGGGCCUUUACAUAGCCUGUGAUAAGAAAUACCCUUGAAUAUUUUAUGAAAGGUCAGUGAUCUUUUUUACCUUGCGUUCCAUUUUGUUGUUUUGAUUUCUUUAUUUAAAGCAGAAAACUUUCACUUGUUUUGACAAUAUAUAUUCUGUAUAAGACAAUAUAUAUUCUGUAAAGAUAUAUUCUGUAAAAUCAUUUAUUAGACAUAUGUGUCUAAUUUUCCUGUUUAAAAUUCUGUGGAUUUUUCAAUACAUCUUAUACAAAAAGUUUUAAAGGUUAUAAAUUAGAAUGGUUAAAACUCUGUUAUUUCAGUUACAAACUCAUUCCAAUUUCAUUAGAAUUAUUACAGUUUCCUUGUAAUAAUAAAGGGUGCAGCUAAACAGAACAAUACAAAAAUAAUUCAAUAUAAAAGAUCUAAGACUUCAAGUGCACAGCUUCUACACUUGGUAAAGAUGUGGCCAAACUUGAGAAGGAAAAUGCAGACUUCACAGAGUGAGUACAGGAACAAGAGCAAUACAAAUGCUGUUAGAACCUAGUCUUGUGUAGACAGACCUUCAGAAGGUCUGGACUCCACAGCUGCUUGUAUUGGCCAAGGACAACCAAGAGACUGUCUGACUGAAAAAAAGUCCAAAUGUAUGUUCCUAUUAAAACAUACUGAUGUGAAACUGUAGUUAUUCCCCUCAAAGUUUUUUAUUUAAUCAGUCUAUACCAUUUAGUUUCAUAAAAUUUCAAAAAAUUUUUGUUCAUGGUAAAUCCAGCAUUAAGCAGAUCCUUAUAAGUACUUACAGAGAGCUGUAGCUGCCGUGGUUACUGCUGACAUACCUGGUGGCUGGUCCAGGCUCUGUAGCACAAUGUAGUCACUUUCCAGUGCUCUUUUCUCUCCCUCAUUUAUCCUUACCCCGUUCACUGAAACACUAAUUUUUUUAGGAAAAUCAGCCACACUUCCUCAAUCCAGCAUCCAUUCAUUAGUAAUAGUUAAUACAGAAAGAGUGGAGGAACUUUGUGGGAUUAGUGUCAUCUGACUGCUAGUUUCAACUCAUUACAUGACUACAGAUUCCUCAAACCUCUAUUUUUUCUUUUCUGUUUCCCUGUUAAGCUUUUGUCAUGUUUUAUCUUGGUUAUGCAUUAUAUCAUGUGUGUAUAUACAGUAUGCAUGUCUCUGCUUUGUUUCUUUGCUAUGUA